AAAUAAUUUGAGGUAAUGUAGAUGAAGAAGGUGUAGCGGAGUUUUGACUAAUGAAAUGUAAUGUUAAUUGCUAUCCUUUUAUGCCUGUUGACAGAAAGCACCGUAGGGGGGAGCAUCGUUGGGGAGCUUUAUAGAGUCCAGCGUUUACAAGGCCAGUGCUCAGCAUGGUGCUAUGAGAAGUAUGGAGUCUGGGCACCUGCCCAACAAACGCUGACCAAGUCCAACACGGAGGAACGUAACAUCUAUCAGUGUAACCCGGAAGUAGAUGAGCGAGGAGAUUAUGUAGAGCCUGAUUGUUGGUACUGUGAUAAAGGUUGCGAGAAAGAGUUCUACAGUCGAGCAGACUGCUAUGCGGGUUGCAAUAACAAGGAAACUUGCAAGUUGGCGUGCCGACACCAUGAGACAAUGUCCAGAACGAAGAUUAACAUAGAAGAGCUGACUGCAAAUCUGUCUCGGAAUGUUCCGCAUGAUAUUUACGAGGAGGCAGACAAGAGGAAUCAUUCUACUAUCUCGGUAUGGUGGAACCAUGUGAGCCUAUUUGAUGAGCGGGAGCCAGUUGUUUACAUGGUCUUCCUACUCAACUAUACUUCUGACAAUCCCGAUGAACAGCCGGAAGGAUUGUACAUUGGCCACACCCCUCACUACAUAUUCCCUGCUGAACCCCUCUCACCGGACUACUGUUACCGUAUCAAGAUAUUAACUGUCGGAAACAGACACGGAGUUCUGGGUCAUGCUGUUAGCAGUAGCAAGUUUGCAACUGAUGCUCUGAUCCACGUGACGAACAUUACCACAACGGCUGCUGAUAUUUGGUUUAAGAUGCGACACUGCGAAUCUAAGAUAAUAUACACCAUACGUCUAGUAUGGGGGGACAAUGUAUUUACAGACUUGACAGAAUUUUCUAGUCAAGAGAAUAAUAUCUUCAAAACACGUGCUCCUGAUUUGCAGCCUAACAAGGCUUACCGAGUUGUGGUUCACAGGCACUUCUCUAAUGGUGAUACUAAAUUCUCCUUCUACGGUGACUUCACGACACUACCAGCAGCCCCCAGACACCGCCGUUAUAAUAUUAAACACCAUUGUUACAGACGACGAGAUUAGUUACAGCUACAAGGUUGAAGAUCUGGACAAGCUUUAUGUUUCAGAAAGUGAGAUACAGAGCUAUAUCCUGAAAAUAAGAGCUGAGGAUGAGGUUGAUUGGGUUGAGAAGCCAAUCUAUAACUCAAUGUCAACCGGUCUUUACAAGGAACCGAACCUUACUCCUUAUGUGAGAUACUGCGUAUCGAUGGCUGUACGCAAUCCGACUGGUGUAGGCCCCUUUUCAGAGGAACAUUGUAACAGAACUAAAAGUGCCAUCGCCCCUGCACCCGAGCUUCGCGAGGUAUCAACCGCAGCUGAUCACAGCGUCAUUGAAAUAACCCACCCCGACCCCACCAAAGGGUCUACUUGUAACCUACAAUGUCACUUUUAUGGAUGACCCUUCAAAUUAUGAGAAGAGGGACUUCGCUGUAGAGGGUGAACUGAAGCAGAAUAUUAAUAUCAGCGACUUGAAUAGCCAUACUACUUAUACUUUUAUCGUGAGCGCGAUAAACUCCGUAGGAAUGGUAGGUUUCCCCCAAGAGAUUAUGGUAACCACUCUUGAGUCUGUCCCAGAAGCUGCUCCGCACCUUUCAACUUGUGAUCUGACUGCAACUAACUCCACGCACUUCAAUGCGACUGUUAGCUGGGUUGGUGUACAUGAGGAUCAUAUAAAUGGUGUUAUUCAGAAUUACACCCUUCACCUUCAGAAAGUG